CACAUCCAAGUGUUGCGAACGCCAUUAUACCAUAGAAGAAGAAGAACUACACUACCCAGAGGGUAGAGGAUUUAGACGAUUGGCUGAAGCUGCCCACUCCCCCUUGAAUGUGGUUACAGCAACUCCGUAGACGUUAUGUGAGGCUUCGAUAUUAUUAACUUUCUUUGUUUGACACUUCUAGGACGAUAAACAGAUAUUCCAACAGUUAAUAUACAUUUAUAACAUGGCUUUUCAUGGUAGCAAGUGCUGCCGCUUUAUAGUAGGCAGACAUUACGAUGUCAAGGCCCUGUCAACGCAGCGCGUGAAACUAUUUGUACCAAGCUCAACACCCAAGUUGCUGCGGUGGUAUUCCAGCGCAACACAAGAGGAAAAUGAACUUGAACUCGUAUCUCUUGCAAACUCAAGUGCAGCUGUCCCUGCAACAAAAAUUGGGACGACACAGGAGCUGGCUGUACCAGUGGGCCAGAGGCAAAGGUUGAAUGAGGAAGUUCUACCCUUCUCUGCCUUCCUGACAGACAACUUUGGCAGACAGCACAGCUACCUACGCAUUUCCCUGACGGAGAAAUGUAACCUUCGCUGUCAGUACUGUAUGCCAGAAGAGGGGGUAAAGCUCACCCCUCGCGCUCAGCUCCUGUCUACUUCCGAGGUGCUGACCGUGGCCCAGCUGUUUGUACGAGAGGGUGUGGAGAAGAUCCGCCUCACUGGGGGAGAACCUCUCAUCCGACCAGACGUCCUGGACAUCAUCACGGAGCUGAGGAAGUUGGAGGGCCUGAAGACCAUUGCUGUGACCACCAAUGGAAUGAACCUGGUGAGGCUGCUGCCUAAACUGAAGGAGGCUGGUCUGGACCUGCUCAACAUCAGCCUGGACACCCUGGUGCCGGCUAAGUUUGAGUUCAUCGUCCGGCGGAAAGGGUUCCACAAGGUCAUGGAAGGUAUUGACAAAGCCAUUGAGAUGGGCUAUAACCCUGUCAAGGUCAACUGUGUUGUCAUGCGGGGCCUCAACGAGGACGAGCUUCUGGACUUUGUGGCCCUGACAGAGAAGAAGCCUCUGGAAGUACGCUUCAUUGAGUACAUGCCCUUUGACGGUAACAAAUGGAACUUCAAGAAGAUGGUGAGCUACCAGGAGAUGCUGGACCGCAUUAGACAGCAGUGGCCCAGUUUGGAACAGCUUCCACUCGGAAAGACGGACACAGCCAAGACAUUUAAGGUGCCAGGCUUUCAGGGCCAGGUGGGCUUCAUCACCUCCAUGUCGGAUCAAUUCUGUGGCUCCUGCAACCGACUACGCAUCACGGCAGACGGCAACCUCAAGGUGUGUCUGUUUGGGAAUACGGAGGUGUCCCUGAGAGACGUUCUGCGCUCUGGAGCUUCUGACCAGAAGCUGCUGGAUAUCAUUGGUGCCGCCGUGGGCAGGAAGAAGAAACAACAUGCAGGCAUGUUCAGCAUCUCCCAGAUGAAGAACAGACCCAUGAUCCUCAUCGACACCACACCCCAAAGGCCCCUGUCCCUGCCCAAGUCCAGAGUCUGCCAGUGGUCCUCCCUCCCCUCGUCUAUAUCCCAGAUCCUGCAGUCCUCACCUCCGCUAUGGCCCUCCAACUGUACCACUCCAGAAGUGGAAGUGGCCAACCCAAUAAGGAUGUAUCGUGCCAUUCCGGCUAGACAGUUUUAACAGUGCUGCCUGAUGCCAGCUGUUCGGGAACCCACCAGUGUGGAAGGAGCCCUCAGUGGUUCCAUAUUGUCAAAAGAAUCCUUUACAGUAGUGACACUGGCCCCGCAGAGAAUAUGGGAUUGAUGACUUACUGACAACCCCCAGUUCUCAAACCAAGGCUGCUGAUUCUAACAUGCACAUGUCUCAGGUACACACUUGCCAGGAAUCCAAACUUAAUAAAGAAUGCCUCUACAAGGAGCCCUGAGAUUCCCUCCCUUCGCACACUACUGAGAAACGCUAAAACAGGGCCCCACCUAAGCCAGCAUAGCAUAAGGCAGUGCCACAGACAAACCUCCAGAGAUGACCUCCAAGCCAAACUCAAACAACCCCACACACUUGGGGGUGGGCGCAAUUUCUUCUGACUCCUCCCAAGCCGGACAACACCACCACUGCCCUAUUGACCCACACAGAUGCCUAAAGCCAAGCCUCCAUGGAGGAUGUGGGCAGCAAACCCCCCACACGUCGAAGCACCACAGCUACCAGUCACCUGGGCCCCACUGCCUUCCGCCUGCUCUGGAACAACCAUUUAGCCAAGGGUGACGCAGGCAACAUGGGCGCACUCAUCCCGCUUUGCAACCUGCCGCCCUUAGACCGGUCCUCUGUCGGCUUCGACCUCGAUGCCAUGCGGCCGUUGUUACUGCGAACGCCCAGGCUGUACCAGCCUGUGAUAUCCAGAUGGAUACGCUGACUGCGGUCACAGUGGCAUCGUUGACGCUUUACGUCAUGUGCAAGGUGGUGAGUCACAACAUCACCAUCACAGACAUCAAGCUAGAUGAGCGGGGGAAAAGGACUUCCACCGUGAGCCCUAACCACUAACUGGAAAAUUAUCUCCACGGCACCAGGUUUGGGGGUCAGUACAUACGGUAAAGGGAUCAAUGGAAUGCAGACCAUAUCUAACAAAGUGGAUAUUCAUCAAAUACGUCAUUAUUUAUAUUUAAUAACAGGCCCACAAUGUGGUAACUAAAAUCUGAUUUGGAUAUAUUUGGAUGUUUUUGCUCUAUGAUAUCUAGAAGUUGUUCUUUUCGGGUUUAGAACUAAAUGCUUGUGUUAACUGGUAGCAUAGCAUGCCAUAUAGAAAUCGGUGGUGGUAGUCAUUUUUAAGUGUAAUGCAAUUGAUUGGUGACGAUGACAUGAACUUGUAUUGGGGUUUACAAGCAUUAUACUCUGAUUUUUACCCCAACAGUGUGAAAUACACAAUAGCCAACAUUUUGAUGGCCGCCAUUGCAGAAAUUCUGGGUCUAUGAGCAUAGGGGGAACACAUGCGUGGUUGUUUUAGUUUAACUCUUACCUGAUCUAUACAAAAAAAAAAAAAGUUGGUUUAACACAGGUGGUGAAUUGAUAACUACAUUUCCCAAGUUGACUGAAUAAAAAAUGAAAUUGACCCCAAACCUGCAUGGUACAUCUCCUUUCAAAAUCUCACAUUUUUUAGAGGAUCAGGAAAUGCCUCACUGCAAGGCACUCACUUCAGUAAGGCACUCACUUCAUCAGUAGAAGUCCAUCAUCUUGUCUGGCUGGUAGGCUGUGCCAUGACUUGCUGAUCAGUAUUGGUCCUUCCAUUGUACCAGAUUCUUAUGAUCAGAAAUGUUUAUCUGUACAGUACAUCUGCAGACCUGCCAACCCGCACACAUUUUUUCUCCAAAUCAGUGCAGAAGAAGGAAUGGCGACAGGGAAGCUACUUUUGUGAUACACCCAUAAUGUUGAGGCUAGAGUCCUUUUUGGGAAAGAAAAUAAAUAUGGACUAGGGCAGGGAUCAUCAAUCAGCUGCCGGAUUAUUUUUUUUCUUGAGCGGAUUGUCGGGGUCCCGGAACAUGAUUACAAAUAAUUUGUGGACUGCAAGUAGCCCAAACCGAUACCUGUAUGUUUGACUAAAACUGAAUCAUUUCAAACACGAAUACUUGAACAGAUUUCUUAAAUAAAAUCACUUGGAGCUGAUUUCCUGGUGUUUUUACAGUCCAACAAUAAAUUCCACACAUUUUGGGCUCAAACUGUUUUAUUUUUCCAAUAAAACCAUUUGGCCCACAGGCCGCCAGUUGGGGAACCCUGGACUAGGGUGUGCGUUAACCUCUCAAACACCUGUGAUAAGACAAUCGGAGUCAAUAGUUUGUUGCCUCAUGUUCUAAGGCAAGUGUCAAACUCAUUCCAUGGAGGGCUGAGUGUCUGCUGGUUUUAGCUCCUCCCUUGUACUUGAUUGAUCAAUAAGGUCACUGAUUAGUUAGGAACUAGUCCCCUUACCUGGGUGUCUAGGUCUUCAUUGGACACAAAUUGAAAGUAAAUAAUGAUAAUACACUCGGCCCUCCAUGGAAUGAUUUUGACACCCAUGUUAAGGUUACAGUAAAUUAAUUUGAUAAUUUCACACAGUAAAGUGCUGUACACUGAUUGUUGAAUAUAUCCAAAGUUACUAAUUAUCAUGAUAUAAGUUAUCUUUUCAUCAUGUUCAUUAUUCAGCACUGUGCCUUUGGAAUACUAAUUAAAUAAACAAGCUAAUAUGUAAA